CCGAAGGUAUCCGAACAAAAGUUUUGACAGCUCAAACAAAUUAUAAACUUUUCAUAUUUUUUACAAGAAAUGACAGACUCCUGUUUGAUAAGUGACAUGUAUAUCUGUCACAUAUGUUUAUAAAAUGACCACAGAUUCCUACAAAGAACGUCAGAAUGACGAGUUACAGGUUUUGCAGUCGAUACUUUUAGAAGAUUUCAAGGAUAUGCGUCAGACAGACGCUUGGAAAGUAGACAGACCACCAGAGGUAUGCCUGACACUGAAGCCACAGGAGAGUAUUGGGAAUAAUGGAGGAGACAUCUACGUACAGCUGGAUCUCAUCUUCAAAUGUCAUGAGAAAUAUCCGGAUGUUGUUCCAGAGAUGAAAAUAGAAAAUUCAAAGGGUUUGUCUAACCAGCAGUUAUCUACCUUGAAAUGUGAUUUAGAAAAGGAAGCUGAAAAGAUGAUAGGACAGGAAAUGAUGUUAGUUCUAUCCCAGUUUGUGAAAGAUUUUCUCUAUGCUAACAACAAACCACCACCAAAAUCAUUCUAUGAGGAAAUGAUGUCAAACAAGAAGAAACAGGAGGAGAAACAAGCCCAGGAACACCAAAGAAAACAGGAACAACUGAGGAAGAAAGAGAUGAAGGAAAUGUUGUUGAUAGAGGAUCAGAUACAGAAAAGGAAAGAAAUACUGAAAGAAGAAACAAGAAAAAUGAAGGAAGCCAGACAGGCAGAAGAAAGAUCAAGUCCAGAGAAGUCACCGAUUGAUUCCCCCACUACACAGAGGGCAGCAUUGACCUCACUGGACAAGAAGGGAACCAGGCGGUCACUCUCACCUGCUGUACAACAACAACAACAACAAGUGGCUAGUAGUGAUGGAGAUGGGAAACAGAUCAGAAAAAGGGGCAUUAGUUGGAGUUGUUCUGAUGACAACCACAAACAUUGUAAGCACCAUACAGGAGGGAUCGUGGUGCUUGCUUUCAACACAAAAUCUGAGAGGAUUGUUCAUAGGGGUAGAUGCUUAGGACAUGGUGUGCAUGGGAGUACGGUCUAUGCUGGCGUAGAUACAAAGACUGGGGACUUAGUAGCAAUAUCAGAAUGGGUGUUGAAGUGGACACAUAUAGGACAUAAAUCUGCCAGUAGUAAAGAUAGCGAGGAUAAGGAGGGGGAGACUUACAUGAAACAGGUAACUACAAUGGAACAGGAGAUGUUUUCCUUGCUAAAGCUGAGUCAUAGAAACUUAUUGCAUUAUCUUGCCUUCAAAUAUGAAGAGGAACCAGGAAAGAUAACCAUUUAUGUAUUGAUGGAGUAUUCUGGUGGUCAGAACCUGGACAUUUACCUGACCAGAAAGACAUUGACCAUGGACGUAUUGAAAUGUUACACUGAGGAAAUGCUUCAGGCGCUUGAAUAUCUGCAUAAUAAAGAUGUUACGCACAAGAAUCUCAGGGCAUCUAGUGUUUUUAUAGACAUGAAUGCAAGAGUAAGGCUGGCAGAUUACAGUAUAAACAAAAGACUAUGUGACUUGUACCAGCUUGUUGAGGAUGGUAAACCUGGUGUGAAAUUUUCCAAGCAGCCUGUAUACACUGGUCGGGGCAGCAAGAAAGAAGAUGUGUUCCAACUGGGGGUGUUGCUACUGUCAUUGUCUCAGGGUUCUCUGGUAGAUGAUGUUGUACCAACAGUACCCCACACACUGCCUGCAGUGUUUCAAGAUUUUUUGGCGAAGUGUUUAAUGAGAGAUGACAAACUUCGUUGCUCAUGUUCUCAGCUGUUAGACCAUCAGUUUGUUAGAGAACCUAUACCUCAGUUACUGACAGUGCACAAUGAACUAGAGGAUAAACAUAUCAAAAAAGAAGACAAGAAAGACAACUCUUUGGAUGAUGAGGAAGAAUUGUCUCUCUUUAUGACUGCAUGGGAGGCCAGUGGUCAGUCGAGACUUACCAAUGAGUUUGAUGUACUGAAGUCACUUGGCAAGGGAGGUUUUGGUGAUGUUAUUAAGGUGAAGAACAAGCUGGAUGGAAGGCUGUAUGCUAUCAAGAGAAUACCACUGAAUCCAAAAAGUCAGCAGUUUAACAAGAAAAUCACCAGAGAAGUUAAACUACUGUCUCGACUGAACCAUGAAAAUGUUGUUAGAUAUUACAAUUCUUGGAUAGAAACAAGUGAUGAACCUGCAGAAAGUGACUCUUCAUCUUCUUUGACUGAAACACCAAAAGAUUCCGACUCCGAAAAGAAAGUUGUAUUUCCCUGUAAUUUCGGAAAAGACUCACUGGGUUUCACAGAUGACAUUGAAAAGUUUGCCCCACAAAUAAAUUCUCCCUCUGCAGAUUUUAGUAUAUCUUUUGAACCAUCUAGAUCCAUGCCACAUGGUUUCCAUGGCAGCGACUCAGAUAGUUCCAGUGAUGAAGAGGAUCCUGAAGAUGUUUUUGGCCUCUCAUUUAUGAAAUUGGGAGAUAAUUCAGAUUCUUCAAUAGUAUUCGAACAUGAUUUGGAUCUGGCUAAUGAUGCAAUCAGUGUAACUGAUGCUGGACAGAAGAAAAAUGAUGACCCUUGUCAAAAUGUUGUGUUUUUACCAAAACAGUAUCUUUAUAUACAGAUGGAGUAUUGUGAGAAAUCUACUUUGAGAAAUUGUAUAGAUGCUGGUCUUUACCUAGAUACAGACAGAGUUUGGAGGUUAUUUAGAGAAAUUGUGGAGGGACUUGUACAUAUACAUGAACAGGGUAUGAUACACAGGGAUUUAAAGCCGGUGAACAUCUUCUUAGAUUCCAACGACCAUGUCAAAAUUGGUGAUUUUGGUUUAGCCACUUCAGACGUAAUAUCUAAGAAUAGUCUUAAGGAAGGUGUAUUGAUGAUGGCUAGUGCUGGUGAUAUACAUGACAUGUCUUCCCGCUCAGGAAGUCUCGGUGAUGGUAACCUGACAGGCCGUGUCGGCACAGCGCUCUAUGUCAGUCCAGAAAUGAUGAUCAAACAGAACAGGGGAACAUAUAGUCAGAAAGUGGACAUCUACAGUUUGGGUGUUAUUUUCUUUGAGAUGUGUUAUAAACCACUACAGACAGGCAUGGAGAGGGUGAAAAUUCUUGGAGAGUUGCGAUCAAAAGAUAUCAUUUUUCCUGAAGACUUCGACCAAACAGAAAUGGAAAAUCAGUGCCAUAUCUUGCGCUGGCUGCUCAACCAUGACUACAAUGAGAGACCAACAUCAAAAGAACUUUUAAAAUCUGAUUACAUUCCACCGUCAAAAAUGGAGGAGGCGGAACUCAAUGAGGUGUUAAGAUCUGCGAUAUCUGAUCCACAGAGUAAAUCAUAUCAUCGAAUGAUCAGCGCUCUCUUCGAACAGACUGUCAGCCUCGCUGAUGAUCAUGUAUAUGAUAGUGAUAUGCAUAAGGGAAGUAUCUCCAUGAAGAAUUCCUUGACACAGCACCUUGUGAAUGAUACUCUAGAGAAAGUCUUCCAGCGUCACGGUGCCAUCAAAUUGAAUACACCGUUACUUAUGCCACAACAGAAUCUCUAUGAGAAUUUAGAUCACUAUGCAUGCCUAAUGGACCACAGUGGUAGACUUGUAGGUCUACCUUUUGAUCUCAGGGUACCAUUUGCUCGUUUCAUCACACGAACAAAUACAAGCUACAUCAAGAGAUACUGUAUUGAUAGAGUAUACAGGAGGAAGAAAGUUGGGGGAUUUCACCCUAGAGAACUCACUGAAUGUGCAUUUGACAUUGUCACUGGAAAUUCUUUCUGUUUGAUACCUGAUGCUGAAGUAUUAGUUGUUGUGCAAGAUAUCAUCAAUGAAUUCCCUCCUUUACAGCAAAGGAACUACUACGUUAAGUUGAACCAUACAGCUUUAUUGAGAGCAGUUUUACUACACUAUGGUAUACCUGAAGAUAAACAUAUCUCUGCAUUAGCUACACUGGCAGAAGUAAAGAGAGACAGUAAGUCCAAACACAAGUUAUUAUCAACAUUGUCAGUAUCAGACCAGUCAGUCUCUAUGCUUAUCAACCUGAUGGAAGCAGAGGGAGAUUUUAGUAAAAUAGACAGCAUGCUGAGAACCAUCACUAAAACCAAAGGACAGGCUGGCUCCCUGGCUAAACAAGGUUUACAUGAGAUAGAGGCUGUUAUGACAAAGGCUCAACAUCUUGGAUUGAAAUUGCCGGUGAAAGUAAAUGUAGGCUGGAUCUACAGUAUGGAUAUGUAUAAUGGAGUGACGUUUCAAGUGGCAAUAGAUAUGGUGAGAAAGAAGAAAACUGUCUCGGAAGUUCUUGCAACUGGAGGCAGAUAUGAUGUUCUUAUGAAACAGUUUGAGCCACAACACAGUAUAUUAACGCCAAAAGUAUGUAAACAGUCUGGUGUGGGUGUUAGCGUUGCAUUUGAGAAGAUUGUAACAGCCAUGUUAGACCAACCAGAGUUUCAGCCACCGAGUGCAUAUGAUGUAUUAGUGUGUACAAUAGGUCAUAAACCAAUGGAGAAAGAGAGAAUGAAUCUAGUCAGGGAGCUAUGGAGUGCUGGAUUAAAGACUGAAAUUUUACAUGAUACACUUGAGGGUCAGGAAGAGAUUCAGGAUUACUGUAGAGCCCAUGGUAUAUCUAAUCUAGUCAUAUUGAAGGACUCUGAAGGAUCUAAUGUUAGGGUCAGAUCUAUAGAAAAGGAAAAAAUUACAGAGAAAGUGAUGUCAGCUUCUGUCCUGGUAGAAUUUUUGCAGCAGAAGCUUCAAGUCUUGGAAACGGAACCCAAAUCAUCUAGUCAGACAACAGGAAAUAAACAGAACCAGUCUAAUGUUUCUCAUUCUGAGAAUGUGUCCCAGUCUUCAGCAGGAAGUAAUCUCACCUGGAGCUUCAACUUUAUACCUCAAGAUGUAAAACUGGCAUCUAAUGUGAGGAGAAAACAUGAGGCCCAGGUUGUGUCGCAAGUGAACACGUGUUUUCCAUGGUUAAAUAUGAAAUGUAUAGAAGUGAUUGCUGUGGAUUUACCUAGUUCUGCCAUCAAAGUCAUCACAGCUUUUCUAGAGGUGGACUCCACGGAGAAAGACUUUGAAUCGAGUAUAGGUACUGUUAUAGAAAAACUGCCAAGAUACAAGAAGUAUAUGAGUAAAAUAACGGACCAAAUAUAUACACUGGUAUUUGAAAAGAAAUGCAACUGUAUUGUGAUAUACAGUAUGAAAGAUGAACGGGUUAAACUACUAACAUCCUCGUGAUAUCAUCUCAUUAGUUAUACCACGAAACUGAAUAAUUGAUUUGUCAUAGUGAAACUUACAUUAUACCGUACUGGUUUAAGGUAAAUUUUCAACUACACCAAACUCGGUCAUUAUGUUGUCUCCCUGGAAGACUUUGGAUCACUUGCCUGUUGCCACUGCUGGUAUAAGCUGUACUGGAAUGGAAAAUCUUCCUUGUGAGAAAUUUGAACCAGAGCAGAGAGAGUUGAUUUGAAGUGGGCGCAUUAACUACUAUGAUGCAUUUAUUAGCUAUUAAACAAACAGAUGGAAUGUUAAAAGUUGUAAGACUUUCCAUUAUCAAUCCAUGACAUUGUUAAAGAUGAAAACAGGGAUGCCAUGUUGUUGGAGACUGAAACUUUCAGCAGAUUCAUGUUAUCAUUAUACUUAACUCAAUUUGCAUUUAUUUUACUUUAGUCGUGAAGAAUAUGAGUACCAAAGCACAUUGCUAUUUUCACAGGUCAGCACAAAGUGUGUUUAACCCUUAUCAUACUGGACACGAUUGAUUCUGCCUUUGCGGCCAGUGCAGAUCAUGAUCAGCCUGCACAUCCGUGCAGUCUAAUCAUGACCUGCACUGUUUCCCAUUCAGUCAGUAUCUUUUUGUUUUGCACCCCUUUUAACAGUUAAUGGUGCUGUUGAAAUUGAAAGAUGGACAAGUUUGUUAUAGACCAUAUAGCAAGGUAUUAAGGAAGACAAAUUAGGGAUCACUUAUUAUCAUCCUGACUAUCCAACAUCUUUGAAAUGAAAAUAUGCGCAAUGUUACUGAGAAAGUAUUAGAAAUGACAAUCUUCAUCAGAUUUGGCAUUAAACUUAACCUUUAUUUUAAAUGACCAAUAUAUAUAUAUAUUUUACAUUCAUUUCAUAUUUAUUUUAUGAAAAUUAUUUACUGAUAAAAUAUGUAAUAUUUCAGGUAUAUUGAUUUAGCUGUACAAACUAAAUAAAAAUACUAAAUAAAGGUGCAAAAAUCUUUUUAAAGCCAGUAAAAUAAAGAAAUGUAGUAUUUAUUGUAAUCUUUCCAUUGUUAUGUCUCCCCCAGGAGACAUAUUGUUUUUGCCCUGUCAUCCUUCCGUCCGUCCGUACGUCACACUUCAUUUCCGAGCAAUAACUGGAGAACCAUUUGACCUAGAACCUUCAAACUUCAUAGGGUUGUAGGGCUGCUGGAGUAGACGACCCCUAUUGUUUUUGGGGUCACUCCGUCAAAGGUCAAGGUCACAGGGGCAUGAACAUUGAAAACCAUUUCCGAUCAAUAACUAGAGAACCACUUGACCCAGAAUGUUGAAACUUCAUAGGAUGAUUGGUCAUGAAGAGUAGAUGACCCAUAUUGAUUUUGGGGUCACUCCGUCAAAGGUCAAGGUCACAGGGGCCUGAACAUUGAAAACCAUUUCCGAUCAAUAACUAGAGAACCACUUGACCCAGAAU